UGGCGACACGGAGUCGCCGAGGGGGGAGGGGACGAGCACGGGACGGCCGUUUCGUCGCCUCUUCCCCCCCGCCCCCAGUGGCCAGUGGACGUGUCGUCGCCGGCCGCAAGAGGAGAGCGAUUCCACGCGGACUUGGUCUAUUAAUCUCCGCUAGCAGUAUCGUUUGGGGGCGAUUGCUAGGUUGUUGGAGCAGGUUUGGGGUCAGCACCGCUCGCUCGGUUGGUCUCUCACUGACUCUCGCCCUCCGCCGAUUUUCUCCCGUACGGUCUUGGUCGGAAAAGGAAUUGUUUGCGGAGGCGGCGGCGUUGAUCCGGGCAGCUUCGAUCGGAGAGAGGGAGAUGGAGGGAGGGGGGAUGGAGGCGACGGCGGCGCGGAUGGAGGAGCUCUCGUCGGCGGCGGCGUUCGUGGAGGGCGGCGUUCAGGACGCCUGCGACGACGCCUGCAGCAUCUGUCUCGAGGCCUUCUCCGACAGCGACCCCUCCGCGGUGACCAGCUGCAAGCACGAGUUCCACCUCCAGUGCAUCCUUGAGUGGUGCCAGAGAAGUUCCCAGUGUCCCAUGUGUUGGCAGGCAAUCAGCAUGAAGGACCCAAUGAGCCAAGAACUCCUUGAGGCUGUCGAGGAAGAGCGGAAUGUGCAAGAAAAUCAUGCGCGCACAACUAUUUUUCACCAUCCACUGCUCGGAGAUUUUGAGGUACCCGUCGAUGCAGAUGAUGCAGAAAUUGAAGAACGUAUCAUACAGCACUUGGCAGCUGCUGCUGCAAUUCGUAGGUCGCACCGCCAUGCCAGAAGAGAAGGUCGUCGCAGCAGAUCGGCAGCGCAUGGCCACCCACAAACUCUAUUCUUUCCAACUGCGGAGGCCACUUCUGGUGGAUCUAUGUCAUCAAAUUCACGGCAAGAAGGGGUUCAUGAACAUGCUCCUGCUGUAAUUUUUGCUCGCCCAUUUCCUACCGUGGAUUCUACAGAAGAAACAGGUGCAGACACAUCUGUGCCUGGAACUUCCUUGGCUAAUAAUGGCCCUGUUGUGUCAAAUAAUAGAGUUUCUAAGGACCAAUCUUCACCUGUCGGCCAAGAUGAAGCCGGACCAUCUGACGUGCAGUCAUUCUCAGACUCAUUAAAAUCACGCCUGCAAUCAGUUUCAACAAAGUACAAGGAUUCUAUAACGAAUAGUACACGCGGGUGGAAGGAAAGGUGGUUCACGCAGAAGAACACUAUAUCAAAUCUUGGUUCAGAGGUGAGAAGGGAGGUCAAUGCUGGAAUUGCUGCUGUAUCUCGUAUGAUGGAGCGACUAGAAACACGGGAUGGAACAGGACCAUCAUCUACUUCGGCAACCAACGUUCAUUCUGCUUUAGAUACAAAUAGUCAAGGAGCUUCGCCCCCAAAAGUUGCGACUGUUGGAAAUGAUGCCUCGUCUUCAGCAACUUGAAUGUCACAAAUCAGAUUCUCAAUGAGUUUACACUACAUGUGGUUAUGGAGUGCGGUAUGUGCUAUGCUUCUACUCCAGAGGACGUACUUCACAGUCUGUCACAUUGUAUAAUCAGUUUGUCACUGGCUCAUUAGUCAGUGAAGAGAUGUUACAUGCCAAGUUGUUGUUCCAUGAAUAUUUGUAGACUAAACUAUGCUUUUACUGCCCAAAUGAAACACUGUUAGUUAAUUUGGAUAUGCACGAUUGAGAGACCAUGACAAUGUUUUAGUCCUAUCAUUCAGGAAUCAUAAUUUAUAUAAGGAUAGUUUAGUACAUUAGUGUCCAUGAUAUACUGGGAAAACAGUUGGUCAAGUACUUCCCUCUUAAUUAUCAAGUAUGCAUGCCACAACAGCAUGCCAUCACUUCGGAGAUGUACUGUCAUAUAUAGUGCUUCAGUGAACUGAUAAGUAGAUGUCCUGAUUCACUAGUAACAAGUGCUGUGUAUUUACUUUCUGAAAAGUUUGGUCAUACCACUCA